CGAAACACAAACUCAGAGAGAGAGAGAGAGAGAGAGAGAGAGAGCCAUGGCAACAGGAGCAGCCCUCAGAGCUCUCGGGAGAAAAAUCACUCCUUCCUCUUCAUCGCGAAUAUUUGCCUCAUCCUUCACUCCCCGAUCCAUUAGCACGCUGGUAUUAGCUGAACACGAAGGUAGCUCUCUCAAAAUCCAAUCCCUCAGCGCAGUAAAGGCAGCCAAGUCUCUAAGCAAGGACAACUCCAUCUCAUUGCUCUUGGCGGGCUCCGGCCCCGGCCUCCACGAAGCCGCUGCACAAGCCGCCUCCUGCGACCCUUCAGUUUCUCAGGUGCUUGUGGCGGAGUCUGAUGAGUUUAGCUAUCCUCUGGCGGAGCCUUGGGCUAAACUAGUGCGGUUGGUUCAGCAGAAAGGAGGGUAUUCACAUGUGAUGGCAACUUCGGGUUCGUUUGGGAAGAACAUAAUGCCCCGGGCAGCUGCACUUUUGGAUGUUUCGCCAAUCACCGAUGUGACUGGCAUCUCCGAGCCUCAUGUAUUUGUCAGGCCAAUAUAUGCUGGAAAUGCACUUUGUACUGUUCGAUACACUGGUGCUGGUCCUUGUCUGUUGACCAUUAGAGCGACAUCCUUUCCAGUUUCUCCCAUCACAUCUGAUUCAAAAUCUAGUGACGCUUCCAUCUCCCAGGUUGAUCUCUCCAUCUUUGGUGAAGAUUCUAUUGGUAAAUCUCGAUAUGUGAAGCACACAGCUCAGGAUUUAGGGCGCCCUGAUCUGGGAAGUGCCCGUGUUGUUAUUACUGGUGGCCGUGCACUGAAAAGUGCUGAAAACUUCAAAAUGAUAGAAAAGCUUGCUGAAAAGCUUGGUGCAGCUGUUGGAGCUACUCGUGCUGCUGUUGAUGCAGGAUAUGUUCCCAAUGACCUGCAGGUUGGCCAAACUGGAAAGAUAGUUGCCCCAGAGUUGUACAUGGCCUUUGGUGUUUCAGGUGCCAUUCAACACCUGGCUGGCAUGCGAGAUUCCAAGGUUAUUGUUGCUGUGAACAAAGAUGCAGACGCACCCAUAUUUCAGGUUGCUGACUAUGGACUUGUAGGUGAUAUUUUUGAUGUGCUACCAGAGUUACUAGAAAAGCUUCCUGAGAGAAAAUAAAUCUGUGACUUGACUAUUUACUGGUCCACAAACUGCUAUAAAGCGGUUUAGUUUGUAAAUCAGAAACUUCAAAUUCAAUAAAGGAGAGAUUAUACCAAAA